AGCUACGGAGUUUCGUGGCUAUAUAAUUUUUUUUUAAAAUUAUAUUGCCACUAUUGAUGCACGCUGAGUUCCCACUUCCAUUGCUUUUGUUUUUCUCCCAAAUCACUGAAACCCUAACUUUAUCAAAAUCUCACAUGCUCCCGUUUCACCUCAUCUCGUCGAAUAGAUCUGACACCACGAAUUCUUGAAAAUUCCUCAAUCAAAAUUCCGAUUCUGUGCUUUUCAUUCCCCUGCAGAUUCACUUUCUCAAAAUAUGGAUCCCUCAUUACUCUAUGACCAGCUCAAGGCUGCAGACCCGUUUUUUCUGCUAGCUGGUCCCAAUGUGAUUGAAUCAGAGGAGCACAUUAUGCGAAUGGCUAAGCAUAUCAAGACUAUUUCAUCUAAAUUUGGAAUUCCAUUGGUUUUCAAAUCAAGCUUUGACAAAGCUAACCGGACAUCAUCAAAAUCAUUUCGUGGCCCGGGGAUGGUUGAGGGAUUGAAGAUACUUGAGAAGGUUAAAAUAGCUUACGACCUCCCUAUAGUGACAGAUGUGCAUGAGGCCAUCCAGUGUGAACCAGUUGGCAAAGUUGCAGAUAUCAUUCAGAUUCCAGCAUUCUUAUGUCGCCAAACAGAUCUUCUAGUUGCAGCAGCCAAAACUGGGAAGAUUAUCAAUAUCAAGAAAGGCCAGUUCUGUGCUCCUUCGGUGAUGACAAAUUCAGCGGAAAAGGUUCGGUUAGCUGGAAAUCCUAAUGUGAUGGUUUGCGAGAGAGGAACAAUGUUUGGCUAUAAUGAUUUAAUUGUUGAUCCACGUAACCUGGAGUGGAUGAGAGAAGCCAAUUGUCCUAUUGUAGCUGAUAUAACCCACUCACUACAACAACCUGCUGGAAAGAAGUUGGAUGGAGGAGGUGUUGCAAGUGGAGGUCUUCGAGAACUAAUACCUUGCAUUGCAAGGACAUCAGUCGCAGUUGGAGUGGAUGGGAUCUUCAUGGAGGUGCAUGACGAUCCGCUGAAUGCACCAGUAGAUGGUCCAACACAGUGGCCUUUGCGCCACUUGGAGGAAUUACUUGAAGAGCUUAUUGCUAUAUCUAGGGUAAGCAAAGGGAAGAAGCCAUUUAAGAUUGAUCUCACGCCGUUUCGUGAAUAAGAAGAAUGGUGAUGAUUGAGCUAUUCUGAAUAUAAGUCCCUCGGCAUUGUGCUUUUAAGAUUUUUCAAGCUUGAAUUCAAAACUAUCUUCAUUUUGUUGCAAAGUUCAAGCUCCUCCUCAUAAGAAAGACUGUUUAUUCUAAAAACCGAUGUUUGUCAUGUAGUGACACUAACUGAUGUUUGCACCAAUAAUGUUGUAGGCUUAACCUUGUUAGUUAACUAAAGUUGAGGCAAAUAAGUAUAAGAUAUAGGUGGAUUAUUUGUUAUGUCUCUUGUUAGUUAAAUUAUAUUUGUACUUUAAUUAGGGCUCGUUUGGCCCAGCUUUUUUUA